AUGGGUUCUGUGUUACCUGCCGAAGCCUUGGUGCUGAAGUCGGGAUUUAAGCAUCAGACAUUCUCCCUGUCAGAGAUCAUCACGUCGGACAUUCUCCACAGCUUCCUUUACGGCCGCUGGAGGAACGUGCUCGGAGAGAACCUGCUCGAGGACAAGAGUAGCCCCCCGUGCCCAAAAACCGCCUUCACUGCAGAGGUGCUCGCGCAGUCUUUUUCUGGAGAGGUGCAGAAGUUGUCUAGCCUGGUGCUUCCCAGCGAGGUGAUCAUCGCCCAGAGCUCCAUCCCGGGCGAAGGCCUGGGCAUCUUCUCCAAGAGCUGGAUCAAGGCCGGCACGGAGAUGGGCCCCUUCACGGGCCGGGUCAUCUCCCCAGAACACGUGGACCUCUUCAAGAACAACAACCUCAUGUGGGAGGUGUUUAACGAGGACGGCACGGUGCGCUACUUCAUCGAUGCCAGCCAGGAGGACCAGCGCAGCUGGAUGACCUACAUCAAGUGCGCCCGCAACGAGCAGGAGCAGAACCUGGAGGUGGUGCAGAUCGGCAGCAGCAUCUUCUACAAGGCCGUGGAGACUAUUCCUCCAGACCAGGAGCUACUGGUGUGGUACAGCAACUCACACAACACCUUCCUCGGCAUCCCGGGAGUGCCGGGCAUUGAGGAAGAGCCCCACAAAAAGAACAAAAACGACGACCUGCUGUGUGACGCCUCGGCCGCCGCCCUGGCCUCGGCCAGCCGCAUGCGCUGCGUCAUCUGCCACCGCGGCUUCAACUCGCGCAGCAACCUGCGCUCGCACAUGCGCAUCCACACGCUGGACAAGCCCUUCGUCUGCCGCUUCUGCAACCGCCGCUUCAGCCAGUCCUCCACGCUUCGCAACCACGUGCGCCUGCACACAGGCGAGCGGCCCUACAAGUGCCACGUCUGCCAGAGCGCCUACUCGCAGCUGGCCGGCCUGCGCGCCCACCAGAAGAGCGCCCGCCACCGGCCCCCGGGGGGCGCCGCUGCCAACGCCGUCAACGGGGCCGUGGUGAUGGGCCUGCAGACGCACUCCCACUCGCACUCGCACUCGCACUCGCACUCCCCUCCUCCCAAUCACCCGCCUCAGAUGCCGCCUCAGAUGCCCCAUCCGGCCUCCCUGGUGCACCACAUCCCCACCAUGGUGCUCUAGGUGGCACCUUGAACACACCAAAAUGUGCUGAAGCACACACACUUACAGACAGACUUGUGCAUACGCACAUCUACGUAUGCACACACAUACAGACACAGAGAGACAGAGAGAGAGAGAGAGAAAGAGACACACACUUGCAUGCACAUACACUUUCUGGUACUUUUGGACAAGCCCACACUUUGGAGAAAGCUGUGCAGCUUUUUAUCAUUUUAAAGCAGUCUAUCUAUUUAGAGUUAUUUAAUCAGGACUCCUUAUCAAUGAAGGAGAUCCUACUGUAAGAUGAAGGAACUUCUUGGUCAGGUACACCCUAAUUUACUUCCUGGUUUCCCAUGAUUCAUGUACAGUAUUGCUCUCCCCACACCUUUAUACACACCCCAUACACAUCUUUGGGCCAUAGUGUCAUCUUAUAGUAUAUGUUUACCAUGUAGUCUUUGGAUUUGAUAUUCAGGUUUUCAGAAUAUUAUUACAACAUAUGCAUGAAGAGACAUAUGUAGAAAGAUAGCACCAACUUGAUAGCAUUAUAUUCUCGAUUUACUCAUGUUUGCAUGUCAUCGGCACAAAAAACACUCCUUUCUCUGAGGAAGGAAGUCAUUUCUGCAAAAUCUAUUUAAUCCAUAAGUAUUUAUGAGGCAUCAGGUUGUUGAAGCAGAGACUUGUGUGAAGAACAGCCACUGUGACCCGACCUGCUUGUACGGUUACUAUCGGUACCCUUCCUGGCUUUUUCACAGGACAAAAAUGCCAUUCCCAGGAGGAAUGGGACCCCCUCUAGUGACAGUUUUGUGUCAUUACCUCCCAGUCAGGGACCAUAGAGAUUGUUCCUAUGUACUAUGUAAAUAAUCUAUAAAGAUUAUGUAAAAUUAUUUGUAAAUAUUAAUUUUAAAAAGAUGUGUUCCACUUCCUAAAUGCUGAGCAGUCACUUUAUCUGUGUAUGUAUGUUUGUAAAACUUUGAAGUCAGAUGACAAAUUCUUGAUCUAUUAUAUGAAGUAAACU